AUGCACGGGCAUGCGCACCACAGACAUGAGCGCAGUUCAGAAGAAUCGGAGGAGCGUGGGAAUCUCGAGGAACGAGGAUAUCUCGAGGAGCGUGGCGAUGUCGUAAUCGUCUACAAAACCAUGGAGCCUGACUUUGAAGGGGAGGUGGGUGGCUAUGUGACCGGCACCGAUCAUCACACUGCGACAGCGCCAACUGCUGGUCUCGGUGCGCCUCUCGCCGCACCUACAAGAACCAAGGCGACAACCGAGGCCGAAGCUACCGAGGAGGCCACCACUAAGGAGAAGCCGGAACCGACUACUACCAAGCACACUCAACCCCACACCACUCAUGAGACCAAGCCGGAGACCACAGAGACCACCAAGACCACCGAGACCACCGAGCCUAUCGAGACUACCAAGGCUGAAACGACCAAAAAGCACACACCUACUACUACUACUACUACCAGCGAGUCGGAGACACCGUUCACGGCAACUUCAUUUGUGACUUCAGCAUCCACCUCAGAGUCUACCCAGGAUGUCAACAAGAUCCUCGCGACAACCUCAACUGGGUCGUCCUCCAAUUCGGCUGCAUCGGCCUCCAGCACUGCCCUUGGAAGUACCACUUCUGAGGGUAUGAGUGGAGGUGCAAAAGCUGGUGUAGCUAUCGGUGUCAUCUUCGGUGUCGGCCUGAUUGCUGCUCUCAUUUUCUUCUUCAUCCGCAAGAAGAAGAAGAGCCAGGAGGGAUAUCAGAAGGAGAAUGAAAAGGAAUUUGGCGGCGAGGGCCUGCCCGAGGGCAUCGCUGCUUCCUUCCCACCACCUCCUUCUAAGCCGCAAACUCCCACGAAUCCCCCGCAGCUCAAUGUUCGCCCUGUGACACAAUUCGCGCCUGAUCUGUCUGUUAAUGGUGCCGUCAAUCCGGCCACCCUCGGCGGUGCUAACUCCUUGAGCCCGGCCGCCGCUGGUGUGGUGGGUGCUAGUGUUGCAGGUGCUGCAGCUGGCUCUGUCGCCGUUGCCUCUCGCAAUCUCACUGGCGAAUCGCCGCCUCCUACUCCGCCAAAGUCCGCUGGCAGCGGUUCGAACCCAUUCAGUGACCCUGUGAACCCGUUCAAUCCGGCCCCGGCUCCUGUUGCCCAAAAUGCACCUUCAAUCGCCGAAUCCAGCACUGGACCUUCUGGACCGACUGUUGCGGCUGCCGCGGUCGGUGCCGCAGCUGUGGGUGCUGCCGCUGGCGCCGCUGGCGCCGCUGCUUCGUCUCCGGACUCUGAUGAUUCUGCUCGCUACCAAUCUGCAGAAUCACACGGCCAUUCCCCGUCUAACUCCACCCAAUCCUCGACCAUGCCUGCCGGUGCUCCCAUUGUCCCCAUUGCCGCUGCAGGUGCAGGUGCAGCAGCGGGUGCAGCAGGCGCCAUGGCCGCUGGCCCACCACCCCCUAACAAUGUUUACCGUGUGCAAAUGGAUUUCAACCCCUCUAUGGAGGAUGAGCUUGGCCUUCGCGCUGGAGCACUUGUGCGCCUGGUUCACGAGUACGAUGAUGGAUGGGCUCUCUGCGCGCGCCUAAAUGGUCCCCAGCAAGGAGUGGCCCCUCGUUCGUGCUUGUCAGCUCGCCCUGUGAUGCCUCGUGCCCGACCGGCUCCUGGCCCUCCCGGCUCUCGCCGGCCCCCCAUUAUGGGUCCCGACGGUCGCCCAAUGAUGUCUGGAGGCCCUCCUCCUGCUGCCGGACGAUUCUACCCUCAGGAUGCCCGCCCAAGUUCCCCUAGUGGUCCUCCGCCUGCCCGUCCUUAUCCCGGCCCCUCCGGUGGUGCUGCUCAGUACCCGCCAGUCCCCCGCUCGAUGUCACCUGGACCAGGCGGUAUGCCUGGCCCUCGCUCCAUGUCCCCUGGGCCUAGAGGACCACCACGAUCCAUGUCUCCCGGACCGGGUGGAAUGCCUGGCCCUCGUUCGAUGUCUCCCGGCCCCCGCUCGAUGAGCCCUGGUCCACACGGAGCCCCUGGGAUGCAGCGACCUGUCAUGCCUAUCAACCAACGCCAACGCAGUAACAGUGGCAGCAAUGCCGCUCCAUCGAUGGCUGCUCCUGCUGCACCGGCUGUGUCGAGCCCAUUGGCCGCUGCUGCGCCUGCUCCUGCCCCAACUGGCGAGCUCCCAGCACUUCCAGGUUCCAUGCCAACUUCUCCAUCCGGCUCGAUCUCACGAAAGCCUGUUUCUGCCCCGGGUAGUCCUGUUCAGGCUGCUACUACUCAACCUGUCCCUGUUCAGCCUGCUCCUGUGCCGACUGCUGCCGCGGCAGUUGCUCCCGUCCCUGCUCCUCUCCAAGCUGCCCCUGUCCAGAACGCCCCUGUCCCUGCUCCUCUACAGGCUGCCCCAGUCCAGGCCACUCCCGUCCCUGCUCCUCUUCAGGCUGCUGCCACAGAAGCUGCUCCCGUCCAGCCCGCUCCUGCCCAGGAUGCCUAA